UGUAUAAAGCUCAGUGCGUGUGAGAGCGUGUGUGUGUGAGUGAACUGUGAAGAAGGAUGACGGAGUCUGAAUCGUUGCACUUAUCCAUCGGAGUUCUGGGAGUUUCUGGAGGUUCUUUGUUGCUUCUGGUGAACAACUAUGCAAGCUCUCCAGACAGACCUCUGAUCACAGACACAGCUUUAGGAGUUCUGCUCCUCAUCAUUGCGGCUCUGCUGGCUUAUUCAGGUGUACGGCGCAACCAGUCCCACAAUGCACUUUUUGGUAGUUUGUGCUUGACAGUGUCCGCCCUGUGGUGUGGUUCAGGUUUAGUGCACAUACUUUCAGGUGAAAAGAUAAUAAAUGGCAGAAAGGAGCUUAGAGAUGCUAUGGUGCCAGGUCUUGCAGCUUUCGCUCUGGCACUUCUUGUAAUUUGCAUUGUGGCUGUUAUAUGUCAUGAGGUUGUCCUCUCAUUCAUUGCCCUGGCCAUAGGUUUAGCAUGUGCCCACCAGAUUGCUGGUUUGGCAGAUUUGGCUUUCGGGCAGACAGCCACCGCUGUCUGCUACCUCAUGGUCUGCUUAGUGGGCGCUUACUUUGGCAGUGGCCGUUUGUUGUCUUACAUUACGCAAAGAAAGAUUCAGCUACCCGGAACAUUCAAGAAAGAGAGCUUGAAACCGUUACAGAAUAAAGAAGCUAAUGAUGUCGUGACCGUUGGUAUAAUCAUGAACCUGCUGUCAGCUAGCGUGCUAGCUUGUCCUCUGCUUGGUGUUGUGCCUGAGCUUUUCUCUGGGCAUGUGCCAUGGCUGUGGACCGCAGGUGUCUUUCAGCUGGGUGUGUGUGUUAAGAGCUAUAGAUCUAUGGACACCCUGGCGGCCACUUUCUAUGGCUUCACAUCGAUUCUACGCUUCACUGAAGGGUACACUGUGCUGGUUGAGCACUUAACAAACCAUGUACCCUACUCCCCAGUGCCUUUUCCAGCUGUAUUCUCUGUGUUGUUUUUCAUCCUGGCUUUGUUUAGCUUGCAGGGAGGAUUUGUGAACACUAUCUACCAACUGUUCUUUGUGGCAUACUGUAUAGCAAUUGCAUCCGAACCCCAGAGCUUCUCUCAGAAAGGAACACAAGGUGUACAGGCUGCCAUCUUUGUUAUGUCUGCUUUUGUGCUCUUUAUAACCCUUUAUAACAUGGUUUCCCUAAACAAGAUACCCACAGGUGCCGGGUUCCUUAAGAACCUGUUGAGCCGCAGUAAUAAAUUUGUUUUACAAACCCAUGACAAAGAUCUACAUGCUCCCUAUCUGGGCUACUCUAAGUAUGCAGACGCUGAGGUGUUGGGCCAUGGUUGCAGUGUCCUGGCUGCCUUUUCAAUUACAGCCUCACUUUCAAGUGGAAACCCCUUGGGCAUUCUCAUCCUACCUUGGGCAGUGGUUUCAGGUGGUGUGCUACAACUAAUAUGUGGUUUUGUUGCCUUUGCUCGGGGAAAGACUCUAGAGAGCACGACUUUCAUUCUUUACGGCAUCAUGUGGACCGUGUGGGGACUGACACGCUUUGGCGGCCUCUAUGGAGAUGUGCGUGGCCUCCACCUAGCUGUGGGAAUCAUCAGUUUCAUGAUCUUCAAUGUAUUAGUGACCGCUGGGGCUCUGUUUCUCAACAAGGCUUGGUUCGUCUAUACCUUCACCUUCCAACUCAUCCUCAUUAGCUUCUUACUGGAUGCAGUAGGCGUACUGCCCUACGGCUACGAUAUUGGUGUGACCAUCAUUGUUGGGCUCGUCAGCUUCUACAUUUUCCUGGCCAGCAUUUUCAACUCCACCUUUAAAAGUCCACAACUGCCAUUCGGUGAUCCUUUCAUCAAGUUGAGUGGCUUUGGAGGAGGCAAAGAUAGUUGCCCUCAUCUUACAGCCAGGAGGUCCACAUCUGUUCAGCAGAUUGCAGAGAUCAUGAAGAACGGGGGCAUAUGUGGAAUGCCCACAGACACGGUCUAUGUACUUGUUGCAGCUUGCAAUCGCCCGCAGGCUGUUGAAAAGGCAUAUAGUGUAAAGAAACAGGCUAAAGAACGUCCCAUGUCCUUGUGGAUUUCAUCCAUAAAGCAGCUGGAGCCAGUCAAACAACAGAUCAGCCCUGUUCUCUGGGACUUUAUGGAAGCUGCUUGGCCAUCUUCCAUUAGCCUGGUUAUAGCAAGAGCUCCAUGGAUGGAGUUCUUUGGAUUGGGCGAAUCAUCAAAAUAUAUUGGAACACCACAGAGCAUAGCCAUUCGAAACCCAGACUGCGCUGUCGCUACACACCUCAUAAAUGCGGUGGGUCCCAUUGCGGUCACAUCUGCUAAUCCUACUGGUGAGGCAGAUACUACACAUCAUAACCAAGUUUAUGCAAAACUUGGGGACAAGGUAGAUGGGGUGCUGUGUGAUGGACCGUCACCAGAGAAUAUCGCUUCCACAGUGGUAGACUGCACCAAAAUCGAGAGUGGCCAGAUUGGAUUUUUCCGUGUCGGUCUUAUUCCUAAAUCUAAGGUUCUUCAGAUCUUUGAGGGGAUCCAGAAGAAGCAUGUGCAUGGUGAACUGAAUGCAGCUUUCGAGACGGAUAUCGCAGACCUCCACAGAGAUCUCUCAGUCUCUCAGACAGACUUGUCAGAUACUAAAACAGACUCUGGGUUUGGACAUGUGACCCCUGCCAGCUCACAAAGCUCUCUGGACCUCAGCCAACAGGAUCAUCAGGAGGAGGAGGCGGACGAUUCUCUAUAGAGACUGCCAAACACCGAAUUUGUUGAAUCUGUCCAUUUUGAAUUGCACAGUACAACCUUUUAAUGGGAUGACAACAGAUGAUUCGGACAAAUGGGUCAGGAAACAAUGACAUUACAUUAGGAUUAUAUUUAGAAUUACGGUAAUUAUA